AUGGCUGGCUGGUUCUCGUCAACGUCGCCGCUCGAUGAGCAAAUCGAGCGGGCGACAGCUUCAUCGCUGGAAGACAUAGCCCUCAAUCUAGAAAUCUCGGAUAUGCUACGAUCGAAGAGCGUUCAGCCCAAGGACGGAAUGAAAUCCUUGAAACGUCGACUCGAGAACAGGAAUCCUAACAUCCAGCUAGCUACUCUGAAGUUGACGGAUACAUGUGUCAAAAACGGAGGCACACAUUUCCUAGCCGAGAUCGCUUCGCGCGAGUUUAUGGACAAUCUCGUUUCCUUGCUCAAGUCAGAAGGAGCCCCGCUCAACGCUGAUGUCCAGGCAAAGGUCUUGGAGCUUAUUCAGAAUUGGGCUAUGGCCGCGCAGGGUCGGAUGGACUUGAUGUAUCUGGGCGAGACAUAUCGUAAACUACAGAGCGAGGGUUAUCGUUUCCCACCAAAGACAGAAAUGAGUGGGAGUAUGCUCGAGAGCAGCGCUCCUCCAGAGUGGAUCGACUCCGAUGUCUGCAUGCGAUGCCGGACAGCCUUCGGCUUUAUGAAUCGAAAGCAUCACUGUCGGAACUGCGGCAAUGUAUUCGACGCUCAAUGCUCGAGUAAAACGAUCCCCCUGCCACACCUUGGAAUCCUACAGCCAGUCAGAGUGGAUGAUGGCUGCCACGCCAAAUUGACGUCCAAAACAUUUGCUCCUCCGGGGCUCAUGGACCGGUCGGCUUUCAAGAAUAAUUCGAUCAGCAAAUCCAACAGCAUGGAGCCUCGAGCUGCUAAACCGGACACGGGGUUCGAUGACGAUCUACGCAGAGCUUUACAGAUGAGUCUCGACGAAGCCGAAGGUAGAGGGUCCACUGGGUAUGUACCCCCGACGGCCAAUGUCCCUGAACCUGCCAAGGCUCCUGAAGCCACGCACAAGGGCGAGGAGGAAGAUGCAGACCUUCAGGCUGCAAUUGAGGCGUCCCUGCGCGAUAUGGAGCAACAUAAGCAACAACAUGCUACUGCAUUGAAAAACGUCAACGCACCAAGCGCUGGCCCGCGUGAUUCUGGCACACCCAUUCCCAUGCCAAAGAAUCCUUAUGAGCUCACACCCGUUGAAAUUGAGAACAUCCAUCUCUUCUCUACGCUGGUUGAUAGGCUUCAGCAUCAACCCCCAGGCACAAUUCUGAGGGAGCCACAAAUUCAGGAGUUAUACGAGAGCAUCGGUACACUUCGGCCAAAGUUGGCUCGCAGUUAUGGGGAGACUAUGAGCAAGCACGAUACAUUGUUGGAUCUGCAUGCGAAGCUGUCCACCGUUGUUCGCUACUACGAUCGAAUGCUGGAAGAACGUCUCACUAAUGCCUAUUCCAACCAUAAUAUUGGCUACGGAGCCAUUCCUGGAGCCGCCCAAUACCCGAACAUCCAACCAGGAUACCCACCCCAAGCCCCUGACGUCAAAUCAGGGGCCGAGAAUUUCUAUUAUGGAAAUCAGAUGGACAUUUCUCGACCGCCAAACGGCAUGUAUGCGCCGCAACUAAAUAAUGAGGGUUAUCAAGGACCACCCAGUGCUGCCCAAAGUUCUGGCUAUCCACCGCAGGCUCAGCACGGAGCGCUACCAAAUGAGGCUCAACCCCAACCUUGGACCGCAAACCCAUAUCCAACUCUUGGUUCGCCUUCGCCCAGUAACGUCGCUCCCAGUCACUAUACCACUGCGCCGACACACGGUGCUCCAGGACAACCUUACGCUGGACCCUCAGCUCCAGCCUCGGCAAAGUCACCAGGCCCAGAAGCCCCUUAUCAGCCAUCCCCGAUAAUGGGACGGGACUCCCAGUAUGAGCCCAGUGCACCGCCAGCCGGCCCGACGUCCCCUUCCGAGCAACACUCAACUGCGGUAUAUGGGCAGCAACACGGGUUCUCCACUCCUCCGGCCGCGCCGGUACUUCAUCAGCAAGCUACCGGCCCGUCUGUUCAGUCUUACUAUUAUCCGCCUGCGCCUCAGCAACCUCCCCAUACUGUGCCAUCUGGUUACCCCGCGACGCAUGACGGACAACCGGGGACGUAUGCAUCCGAAACAUCCGGCCAACCGCCUUAUCAGCAACCCCCUCGACCAGUUGCAGAGGAGAGUUUGAUUGAGCUGUAG